ACCUUAAAUAAUUUUGCCUUAUUCUAACCUAACUUAAUCUAUUGUUGUGUUUAUUGUUGUAGUUUUUGUGCUGCAUUUCCUCUUCUUUAUAAGAAAUGGCUCUUUUUAAAGUAGUUCCUUCAUUUUUAACUACCAUAUAUAAAAGCAAUGUUACUUGCUUGAUACCAAAGUCUUUCCAUUAUCUUGGAAAUUCUUUGGGAAGUGUUGUUAGUCCGGGUGGGAUUUUUGAUACCAGUUUUCGUACUAUUAUCCGGUGUCAUUUUCCAAGACCAAGUGAAUCAAAAAGAAUUAAGAGACAUGGGUGGAAUAAAAGAAUGAGCAAUGAAAAUGGCAAGAAAAUUUUAAUGCGAAGAAUUUUGAAAGGUAGACAUGUUUAUUCUCAUUAAAUUGUUGACUUCCAUUCUUUAGAUUGUGUUAUACAGUAAAAUAUUGCAAUUA